GCAUCCUCGACGGAGCACUGCAAUCGCCGAAGAGCUUGUUUUUUUCCCGUUCACCUUCGUCGUCCAAUUAUUUCAUGACGAAGUAAUAUAGCGCGCGCAGGACAGUUUUUUAAACACGGACAAUUCAACUCUGACUCAUUCUUCCCCAUGAAGAACUUUUAUUUUGAAUCUUCAAUUCGUGUCAACCUCUCUGUUCGCGAAAUCGAAUCAGCACUUAGACUAUAUAAGUGAGAUUACGUGCCACCUUGCCGGUGUAGCAGCGCAAGAAUGGAGCACAUGUCCACUUUAAUUCUGCUAAGCGUAUUCUUCCUUGGAGAAUCCACUAUUUUACUACGGACAAAGCGUAGUUCAUAUGGACGACCCUCGUACAUCCAGCCUCCUCCACAGCCUUACGUUCCACCACCACAACCUUACGUACCACCUUCUCCACCACCGCAGCCAUAUGUACCACCUGCUCCGCCACCACAACCUUACGUACCGCCGUCUCCUCCACCGCAGCCGUACGUACCACCACCAAAGCCAUACGUGCCACCACCAAAGCCAUACAUACCACCGCCAAAGCCAUACAUACCACCACCAAAGCCAUACAUUCCCCCAGCUCCUCCAGUUUCCAGCUAUGCUAGGCCAAGUGGAGGAUACGGAGGUGGUGGCGGUGGCAUGGGCGGUGGAUACGGAGGUGGUGGCAUGGGUGGUGGCGGUGGAUACGGUGGUGGUGGCAUGGGUGGCAUGGGCGGUGGAUACGGAGGUGGUGGCAUGGGUGGCGGUGGCGGAUACGGUGGUGGCAUGGGUGGUGGCGGUGGUUACGGUCGUCCCGGCUACAUGGAUAUGGGAAUGGCCAAAGCAGCAGCCAUGGCCAGUCCGACAGCCGACAGUGUGGAGGAGAUUUCUGGAGGAUUUCGUGCAGCACGCUUCAAGCGCUAGCUAUAGUCGGCGUAGAUCAAUCAAGACCUCCAUUAAUUUGUACAAAUUAUCAUCAAUAAACCUUAUUUUAUCCUCCUAC